GAGAGAGAGAGAGAGAUAGAAGGACAAAGUGGGAUAGAAAAGAGAGACAGAAAAAAAAAACAGAGACAGAAAAGAAAGAAAAGAGAAGAGAGAGACACAGACAAACAGACAGAAGAAAGAGAAAGAGGAAAAGAAGGAGAGAAAGAACUGUUUUUUACUGCAAGUUUUUGUCAUUUUCCUGAUUCCUUAUAAUCUGCUAUUGGCCAUUGUUUGCGAACUCAUUCCAAUUUUUCCUUCUUUCGUGCAUUUUUGAACGAUUUCCUUUGUUUUUUAAAAUUUUUUUUUUAAUCUUAUUUAAUUAUUUACCCUUUAUUAAUUACCAUUAUUCCCCCAAUUAUUGUUCUCGUUGUUGCUGUUGUCGUUAUUGUAACUUUCAAAAUCCCAGCGAACUCUAUAGAGUUCUUUAAACAACUUCUUUCACACUUCCUUAAUUUCCUUCUUAAUUUUUUUUUUGUCAUUUGCGUUCUUCUCUUAUCGUUCUUAAUGUUUUAAUUUCUUCCUUCUACUUAUUCCCAAGAUCCUUGUUGUUGCUGUGGCUGUUCUUUGCUGUUGCUCAUCUUUCGUCUCCUCCUCCACUGCUCUUCUUUUGUCUUUGUCUCCUUUUUUCAACUUCAAUACAAUCUCCGAUCUUUUAUCGUUUUCAGCAUCUUCCCUCACUCCCAUCAUCCCACGUUGGUUACUUAAUUUCCUUAUUUACCAUAUUUUAUUUCCUUUUCAAUUUUACUUAUUCCUUCAUUAUUUUCUCAUUCUUAUCCGGGUUUACUCCCUCUCGAUCGCUCGGCAACUUAAGUAUCCCGCAUCAAGUCCAUCCCGUAUCUUUCAAUCACUCAUUCGUUCACUCUCUCACACCCUCAUCGACUCUCUCACUUCCUCACACUCUCACAUUUACUCUCUCUCUCUCUCUCUCUCUCUCUCUCUCCAUCUCUCACCUUCACUCUGUCUCUUCCUCUUUGUACAUAAACAUCCAAUAUAAACAUCAAAGUGCCAGGAUUAACACCGGUAAAACAGCAGGGUACUCCUGCCAUGGACGUCCGGCCCGUUCUCCUUGCUCAACCGACGGAGCCUUACUUUGUUACAUCAUCGAUAGUCGGUGAACAUGUCCGACCAAACACGUGCCGUUCUCCUUCUCACCAACACCACCACCACUAUCACCAUCCUUAUCAUCAUCCUAUGUGCCUCCAGUAUUGCUGAGGUCAUCUCACAGGACGACUUCUGUUUCCGAAAUUCUUGUAAGAAAAUGAAUUUCAAAGUGAAUGGCAAAGAAAACGGUCGGGAGCCGAACAGAAUUCGCGAAGAACAUCUUUCGCCAGGAAACAGAGGACAGGUGUAUAUGAACCGUAAGUUAACAGAAAGUUACAACCCGGAUACCCAAGACAAAACUGAUACCGUGUCCGAAAAACUGUAUGUAGACCAGACGUCCGUCCGCUAUAAAAUACACCACAAUCACACACUGAAGUUAAAAGGUUCAAAGAAGAAAAGGAAGAAAUUAAAACGUAAGAAGAAGGCGAGGAAAAAAUUUAAAGAAACACAAGAUGUUAUUACCAAGAAGUGCAUUACAAAAUGUGUGACAACCCAACAGAUGGAAAACCACUCAAACAGCAAGAUCACGGGUUCAGUUCUGGAAGAAACCCAGCAGAAUGCAAGAUCUGUCAGGAAGAAGGAAAUUGAAUAUGACGUGAAAGCAAAGAGGCAGAGAGAGGAAAUGAUAUCUGUGGGGGAACGUCACCGGAGUAGAUGUGUGUAGCAAUGAAGGUGGAGGGGGAAGACGAUGUAGAGUGGGGGAUGUGGUUGUUGUUGUUGUUUUUGUUUUUGUUGAUAAGAAGUGUCCGACGCACAGAGAGAAACACUGAAACGUUGUACGGGGGUGGGGGUUGAAGUAAAGGUCUAGAUUGCUAUGAAGAAAGAAAGAAAGAAAGAAAGAAAGAAAGAAAGAAAGAAAGAAAGAAAGAAAGAAAGAAAGAAAGGAAGAAAGAAAGAAAGAAAGGAAGGAAGAAAGAAAGAAAGAAAGAGAGUGAAAGAAAGAAAGAAAGAAAGAAAGAAAGAGAGUGAAAGAAAGAAAGAAAGAAAGGAAGAAAGAAAGAAAGGAAGACAGAAACAAAGAAAGAAAGGAAGAAAGAAAGAAAGAAAGAAAGAAAGAACGAAAGAAUGAAAGAAAGAGAGAGAGGAAGUAAGAAAGAGAGAGAGUGAAAGAAAGAAAGAAAGAAAGGAAGAAAGAAAGAAAGGAAGAAAGAAAUAAAGAAAGACAAAGAAAGAAAGAAAGAAAGAAAGAAAUAAAGAAAGAAAGAAAGAAAGAAAGGAAGAAAGAAAGAAAGAGAGUGAAAGAAAGAAAGAAAGAAA